CUACCCCUUUGCUGCUGAGUGGACAGUGCAGCGGUGGGAGCGAGCCUAUGCCAGGCUGCCGCCACGUCAGCAGGCUCUGCUGUCGCACCUGCCAGACAAGUAUGCCUCCAUUCGCAUGCGUAUAGCCCACAAUGCCCGCUUUCUCACAGAAAUGCUGCAAGCGUUUGAGCCGCCUUUCCCUCCCCCUCAGUCUUCCAUGGGUCAUGAUGGGGAUGCUUGUCAACAUAGCCAUGCCCAUACGCAUGACCCCACCCAUACGCAUGACCAUGCCCAUUCCCAUGCUCACUCACACUCUGACCAGCAUCAUUACUAUCAGCAGCUGCACCACCCCGAGCAGCAACAACAGCAGCAACAGCAGCAGCAGCAGCAGCAGCUGCGUAACGAAGAUUUCUCAGUCAGGGGUCUUAUACCUGCGCCAGGAACUGUCAGGAACCUUCCUGUAAUGGAUGAGUCCAUGGGGAUGGACGGUCAAGAGCACCUGAUUGAAAACGGUGAUGAGGGGAGUGGAGGAAAGGGGAAGAACAGCACGCAUGACAACGCUACUGUGCCUUUUGAGUCGACUCAAACGUCGCCUCGUAGCAACAGUUCUAUUCCUGCUACUCGUGAGGGAGGAGAGCAGCUCACAAAAGGAGGGCCAACUGCAUUGGUUCCAGCAGCAGCAACCCAGCAUCUGUCACACGAGCUUUCACAUGAUGUAACCCGAGUUGGAACUCAGGGUGUAACUCCUGCAGCAGCUCCGGGUCAACAAUCCCCAGGUGUACCCGGGUUAUUUACCCAUGUGCCUCGGGUGUAUCCCCCUCCCUGGUUCCCCUUCCCUCGGGAUCUUCCGGACGUGCCUCCUGCUGACGUGGACAAGGUUCGGUGCGUGCUUCGGAACAUAGUUCGGGAUUGGGCGGCGGAGGGCGUGGCAGAGCGAGAACAGUGCUAUGCUCCCAUCUUGAGGGAGCUUCGUAGGAAGUUUCCUGAGCUGAGGAAAGCAGAUGGGAACAGCAGCCCAGGACAACAAGCAACUUCAGAGCAGAAUGAGAAGCAGCAGGAACAGCAGAAGCAGCAGCAGGAACAGCAGGGGCAGCAGCAGGAACAGCAGAAGCAGCAGCAGGAACAGCAGGGGCAGCAGCAGGAACAGCAGAAGCAGCAGCAGGAACAGCAGGGGCAGCAGCAGGAACAGCAGAAGCAGCAGCAGGAACAGCAGGGGCAGCAGCAGGAUUCCCUUCACCCGUCCCAUCCUCACACCCCUACCUGCCUGGUUCCAGGAGCAGGCUUAGGGCGACUUGCCCUAGAAAUUUCUCGCCUGGGAUUCGAAACCCAAGGGAACGAUUUUUCAUAUUACAUCCUCAUCUGCUCGGGUUUUCUCCUCAAUUACCCCGAGUUUUCCGGGCAGUUCUGCAUCUUUCCCUGGAUCCUCUCCAGCUCGAAUAACCUGACCGACGAGGAUCAGCUUCGGCCUGUGCUUGUCCCGGACCUGGUGCCGAGCCUAGCGGGAAUCACCGAUGGAUUCUCCAUGUGCGCAGGCGAUUUUGUGGAGGUUUACAGUCACCCGGAGCAGAGAG